AUGCGUCUCCGCUCCGCUGUUCUGCUGCUUGCUGCGACCGUAGCUGCAACAAAAACAGACGCACUCCAGGCCGGCCAUCCCUACUCGAACAGUGUAGACGACACCGACGAUCCUGUUCAGAGGCACCACCGGACGGGUCACAGCGAAAGCGAAGAGAGGAUGUAUUCUGGUUUUGACGUGUCCAAGGCUUUCAAAACGAGGCCAUUUAUCGAUGAGAUGCAAGCGCAAUACGUUGCGGCAGAAAUGAGCAUUCCGAAAUUCGUCUAUGAUUGGGGCUAUAUUGACUCGGUAACACAACAUCUUUCUAACAAGGAGAAGAAGAUCCUUGUCAAUCACAUGUGGGAACCUUGCACGUUCAGUGAGAGAGGUGCGAAACGGUUCAUGGAGAGACACGCUGAAAGCACGAUCGUAUCGACGAUUAAGUCAUUAAGCCGCAUCGACGAUGUAAAAAUACGAAUCAUCAGGAAUAGACUACGGUCGAUCUUGAUACUUUGGUGGAAAUCCCAAAAAAGUUCAGCUGUCGAAGUGUUCAACCUUCUCCAGGUAGACGAAAGCGCUUUGAAGGCGAAGGAAAAAGCCACCAUGAUCGAGAAAGCUAUCUGCCUUGCCGACGACCCAGCUUUUGUAAUGUGGACAAUGUUCGUGGAUAACGUCGACGAACACGAUCCUAUCGGGACGAUCUGUCGCACACUGGCGCCGGCGUACUUAAAAAUUGAAGAAGUGGCGGACAUUGUCUCUAAGGCACAAUCUUUCGUGGUUGGGAGGUUACAUGAUGUCAGGAAUCAACUACCACUCAAUCAUCAUGGUCGGCGCGUGAAAAACGAGGGUGUGUAUGCCAUGGAACGACUUCCGAUCGAGCACCAACGUCGACAGGAGAGGGAGAUACAGGUGUGGGUGCCUCGAAACGAGUACGCGUCAAGCGCGAGGGUCCACACGACGAAAACACGGGUGUGGAUGCUGUGA